CGUUAUGGACAAUUAUGUUCUUGAACUUUUUUCUACAGUCAAAGAAAAUUUUUUUUUCUAUUUCACUGUCCUUUAGAAUUUUUUCACUGUCUUUUGGAUAAAUUGGUUUUUUGAAAAUAUAUAAUGGAAAAGUCUUCAAUUUAUAUGGACACUUAUAAAAUACACCAAUCGGAAUAAUAUUUUUUCCUGGGACUAAAAGGGUUAAAUUGUACUCAAUUAAUUAUGCUAAUUAACUUGUCACACGGUGUUAAAUAGUUGCCUCACAGUGUGUUUUGUAUGCUUGAUAAAGGGGUUCACCCUGAAACUUUGCACCUCUGCAAAAUAAACUUAGCAAGGGCUUGUACCUGCUUGAAAGAACCUUCGUGUGCCAGUGAAUUCUUCCUUCGUUUGCUCCCAGCUAGAUAUCUCUCCGGUGAAGAAUUCUAAUUCAGCAGAUGGAAGGAAACAAAUUGGACGUUCCUGAUCUGCUGGUUUACAGUCCAGAUAUUACUUUUAGGAUGGAAUGAUGGGGUCGAUCUAAGCUUCCUCUUGGGUCAGGCCCAGUAGAUCCUGGCACUUAAGGGGCCAUCAUGUGCUAUAACCGUUACUAAAACGACAAAUGAGCAGCCAGACCUGGCCAUCAUGAUCUCAAUGAUUACAGAACAAUUGCAGAAACAAAGUCUGGAGGAUCUAAAAUGCAAGUCUUUCAGCAUAAGUCUGCCAUUGCCUGAUCAUCCAGAUCCUGAAGGGUGCAGCAGCCCUUACCACUUUGUGUCAGAAGAUCGUUCUUGGGGAGUUAUUAGUCAUUGUCCAGGAAUUGAACUUGAGGACAGAAUCCAACUUGGUUGCCAUCACCAUUCUAGUUUGAGCCUUCAUUUUCCUGUUUUAAGCAGGGAAAACUCACCACACCAUAGAAGCCCUUCCGAAAUACCUGAGGCUGGGAAUUCCACUGCUCCUCCAGCUCCACCUACCAAAAGACACUGUAGAUCUCUUUCAGUGCCAGAGGACUUAUCUCGCUGGAGGCCUAUUUGGAGGCCUAGUGGCUCUAAAGUUUGGACUCCUGUCAAGAGGAGAUGUAACAAUGGUGGUGUUGGAGCAGUUCUGGGAGUGCAGACUCAAAGCCCAUCCCAAGGGGUCUCCAGUCUCAGGUUUCAAAAUGAACCCCGUGCCUCUAUACGCUGUAUCCAAGCCAACAGCCCCUACUUCUUCAGCCUGGCAUUGUGCCGUGAGUCACCAGGCCCAUAUACCCUGUCACCCACCAGUGUUUUCUGGGAGAACUCAGAAGGGCCAAGCUGCUUCCCAUUGCAGCGCCGGUUUUCACUUUCACCUGUUCUCAUCAAAGAGGCAGGACGGUUCCUCCCUUCAACCAGCAGCUCUCCACCGUCAACACCGGAGUUGGUACGGCGGCAGCAGUGUCUCCAGCGCAGCCAAUCGCAACCUUGUGACUUGGAUACCAGAAAAUGCGGAAUUAAAAGGAGGCAUGAGGAGGAUACACGAUGGCACCGCCCUUCUUUGGAUUUUUACAAGAUGAACCAGAAUGCUGGUGCUAUGUGUUUUUUGGACAACUCAGAUGAAGGCAGCUCCUCUCCCUUCAUGGCUUGUCAUGGGGAGUCUCCUUGCACUUCUGGGAGUCCUGCUCCUACAUGCACACUGGCACUUAGAGAAGAAGAGAGAGGCCGGAGAGAUCACGCUUCCUGUCCCCAGCCAAUGCUCUUCCAGCAUGACUUUGCAGACCUGGAUUUAAAUUUAAUUGAGGAGAAUUAGCACUCUCAGGAAACUUCAAUCUUUAAAUGGAUAAAGGGGAUGUCUGGGUGAGAGUGUCUGGAUGCCUGCUGGUGGCCAACUCUGAGACCUGCUCAAAGAGCAUUCUACUGAGCUUCAUAACAGAUAGGAAUUGUGUAGGGGAGGAGGGUAAAAAAAAGCUGUGUUUUAUUUAUUUUUUCUUAAAGAAAAUCCUGGGGCUAGGUCAUCUAUACCACUAAGUACAUUUCUUCUUUCCCCUGGAAAGCUGGAGCUGACAACCACCUCUUUAAUGAGUUACAGAACUUUACACAAAGGGUGCUGUGGGAUUGAUUUAUUUUUGUAUUGAUGGCUUUUGGAGAGAUGUGCUGACCUGACCUUAUGGGAUGGGGGUUCACUUGCAAAUGUUUGCUUGUGAUUAUGUCUUCUCAUUUUAGAAAUUGUGACUGUUGAGGGGAAAAUGUAAACAAACAAACUAGGAAAUGUAUUUUUUUGUGCACAAGGCUGAUGCUUUAUAUUCUGAACAAGGCCCACAUUAUAAGAAAAAUUAGUACCAUACAGCAUUGGAUCCAAACCAGUGUUCUUUUAAAAAAACAACCCAGAUUUUCGCCAAUUGAUUCUGAUUAUAAAACGAAAAACUUUCUGUUGUUGUAGGGUUGUGUGGCUUAUUCUUCUUAUCCCAUUUGGUGGCCAGUGAAAAGGGGAUUCUAAGUUAUUGUCUCUUUUGUCUGUGUAUUCACUAGAUUUCUGCAUAGAGUAGAUAAUUUUGACUGCACUGAACCUCACAGUAAAGUAUUCCACAUCUGUUUAAUCUAACCCUUCUUUCUUUCAACUUCUCUCUUCUGUUUGUUUCUCAGAAACACGUCUGUGUUAUUUAUAUUAAAGGAUCAGUAACACAAAAAAGUUAAAGGUAUUAUAUGAAUUUCAAUAUAUUUUGCUGUUACUGAUUAAAACUGUAUUUGCUUCACAAGCACUACUACAGUUUUAUCUAAAUAAGCUAAUAUGUAGCCUUGGCAGCCAUUUAAAUAGAGUCUAUAGGACAUGCAUUUACAUAGCAGAUAACAGAUAAACUGUGUAGAAUACAAUGGUUUUAAGGCUAAUGUCACACACUACAGAUACUGCCUGUGCAGACUUAUGGAAAACCAUCUGUUGCUGUGCGUACAGUUCGAUUUUAGUCUAAAAAUAUGCUUUCUUGAGUGUUCUGUGUGCUGACAAGAUUGACAUUAAACGAAUGUCUGAGCAGGCAGUAUUGGGCAUUUGUCUGCUAUACAGGCCACCAUGUAUGAAAUUAGCCUUUUAUGAAAAGCUAAAUGGGUCAAAUGCCAUUCAUGAUUUCUACAGAACAAUCGAAAACCCUUUUCACAUAUAUUAGAAUUUUUGUUUUGUGAAUCAAUAAUUAUUUAUAGAUGCUGGAUGAGCAGAUGCAGACUUAAACUAUUAAAAUAACUUUAUGUGGUUACUGUUCCUUUAAAUACAGACUGUGUGCUGCUGGAGGUGCCAUAAAGGCACUGUGAGGAAGCAAAAAGUAGGGUAAAGAAGGCAGCCUGUUAAUUGUAGGCUUGUAAGUACUAGAAUGUUACCAGUGCAUUGAAGCCAUGAAAACAAUCAACAGGGGCUAUUUCUUAAUGUUCUGCUUUUAACAGAUAACUGGUCUGUCAUUUAUUUACCAAAUGAUCAUUCAUGUUAGAUAUCUGUGUACAUUUAUUUAUAUGUUUUAAAGUCAUGAGUCUGGUAAGGCAAAUGUAGUGUUUUCACCGCCGGCAGAGAAAAAUCCAUAAACCGCCCAAUUCCACAAUUGAGCAUUUUCUCCGAAAUCGUCUGACAGGCAGAUGCUAAUCAUGACUGGAAGCACAGUUUAGGCAUUUUCUCAGCCGGCAAAGAAAACUCUAAAUGUGACCUUCUUUCUAACUAGUGUCUAAUUUGUAUAAGAUAAGGAGGAUAGUAGAUGUUGAAAAACGUGUUCUUCGCCAAGAGCAAAUGUCCAACUGUUAAUUUAACGUUUUGGUUUAUUGCUAUGUUUCAAACAUGCAAUUUAAAAGAUUUUCAGCCCAUUCAAAAUACUGAUGUUUUAUGGCUGUGAUAAUGGUAGGGCUAAGAACUCCACCAACAUUUCCAAAUUACCUACAUACUAUGUGACCCACCAGUCACAUAACCUAAUAACUAUUCUUAUGAUGAGCUAAAUACUUACUCCAAUGAGUGGUGAGCAUAUCCUAGAUGAAUAAAAAUUCCAUAUGGCCAGAUAUUAUUUAAGUUUACCAGCCCCACUGAGGCAAAUAUCGUUGACAAGUCCUAACCAAAACAUGCUGUCUCUGUAAGCAAGAAGCAGCCUAAUUACCCUAUUUAACAUCAUCGUAUGGGUGGGGUGCUAGAAGCCACAUAAAGGCUUUGUCAGCCGUCAUACUAACAUGUUCCAUCUUAAGCAGAGUGUUAGAAUAUUGUGAAAAAAAUCUAGAGAUUGAGUAGUGUCCUUCACAGAUCAUGUUUCUCUGUUGACAUGGUGCCAUAUGCAUGACUGGUGCUUUUCAGCCUAAAAAAAAUGCACAAGUGUGUGAUUUCAGUUGAGGUAUUUUCCAUUCAGGCUCCAAAUCUACCUUUAAUGAGUGUUCACAGACAGCUACCAUUGGAGGGGGAAAUGAGCAUGCUUUUUUUAGGGGUUGAAAAAUCACAGGUGGAGAAAUAUUAUAUGUGCCAUAAUCUGACAGUACUAUAGCCAUCAACAUAAGUGCUUUUUAAACAGGUUAACUCUAACCACCACCUGUCAGACUUAUUGAACCGUAUUAAAGAAUAUUUAUUGUUGAGCGUGGGAUUGCACAUGCAGCAACUGGUUAAAAA